AUGGUAUAUGCUGCUGGAGCUUGCAAUCACUACAACUAUUUUGCAAUCUGGCAGUGUGAUCACUCAAUUUCCCUGCUACACCGGAAUGGCUUCCUCCACGGGUUGACAUCACGGCAUCAGAUCUUGUAUAAAGUCCACAACGUGGACUCAGUGCUCGCCAGACCUCACCACUUGGUCAACCCCGACCCUAUUGCCCUAGCCUUGUUCCCUAAGUUCUUCGGCGUAUCAGUGUCUCCCGAGCUUCGCAAAGACUUCACGGCAUUUUACAAGGCUUUGACAACUGCGGUGGAGCGAGGUUUUGUCAACGAGGCUGCGAGUACCUAUGCGAUCCAGGAAGCUAAUAUCCCAAGAAGAAUCUUGUCAUUGUUAAGCUUUUCAGAAAAUCCGAAAUACCAGCAUGGGUGGGAGAAAAACGCCAACGUGAAGAUCCAUUCCGACUACGUUGAAGCUGAUCUAGACGUAAUAUUAAAGGAUUUUGGUGGCCACACGUCUAUCCCGAUGUUGUACGGGCAAGAUUUCCUGAAGAGACACCCGACGCUGCUCGAUGACUUCUGGCUGUUUGACGGUUUUGCACUACCCUUCAAAGCUUUAGGCAUCCCAGAGUGGGUGCCCAUCAGACCAUAUCAGAACGCGCUCGCAGCACGGCGCCGCCUCCAGGAUGCGUUGAUUGGUCUCUAUCGGCGCAUCGAUCAAUACGAAAAUGGUGCACCCAUCGACUAUGACGCGAAGAUGGAUGAUAUCGGGCAAGUUGCCAUUGAGCGACAUAGGCUAUUUGCGCAGUACAAUAUCCCGAUAUCCGACCGUGGGAAAUUCGAAUUAGGUACUCUAUGGGCACAGAACGCAAACACCCAGCCCCUGAUAUUCUGGUUCAUAUUGUUUGUCUACUCUACACCUGGAUUAGUAGAAGAACUUCGAAGCGAGGUCUGUGGGUUUGUGCCACCCCUAAAUGGAUCAAAUCGGACCGACAGCGACUCGAUUGAUCUCGCCGGUUUGAGGAACAAGUGUCCGCUGCUCAAGUCGGUCUUUUUGGAAACCUUUCGGGUGGUCAGCCAGCCAACUUCGAUGAGAUACAUCGCACAGCCCAUGAGCGUUUUUGACGGUCGUCGUCAUCGUCAUCUCCAGCCAGGGACUUGGAUAUCCGUCCCACAUGGGGGUACACAACAAGACCCAUCUGUAUUUGCAGAUCCUACUAGUUUCCAACCUCGCCGCUUUAUUAAGUGCGAUGAGAAAACAGGAAACGCUUCGGUGGGCUAUGGCAGGCUUAAGCCGUGGGGUGUAGGAGCAGGCAUUUGCAAAGGGCGUGUGCUCGCAGAAAAGCAGGUGUUGGCCACGGUGGCUUGCUGCAUCAUGAUGUGGGAUAUUGAGCCGGUAAACCAGGAUGGAUGGAAAUUACCGGGGUUGAUUCCAACCACAGCGGUUAUGCGGCCAUCACAUGGGGUCCGUGUAAGAAUGAAACAUCGAUCUGAAGUAACUCAAUCAAUGUAA